UCCCAUGGGUCCAGCCCUGGGUCCUGUGUGUAAAACAUCCAUCAUUGACAUGAAUGAUCAUGCCGCUCUCUGAUUGGCCGCUCUCGGGUGCAGAUGCUGAUGAUGUUUCGCUGUCCCCUCUUGAGAGAGGCUAGAGCCCACCAGCAGACAGACUGAUCAUCGGGAGUAUCUCUCGUCCUCCCCUCCCCUCCUCUUUUCUCUCACGAAAUAAGAGCAAGCAUUCAGUAGCGUGAAACCUGAGCAUCUUUGUGUAGCUGUGAAGCCACCGAAGGUUCAGCAGCUCUUCUAAGCCCAAAAGUUGUAGUGUGACCAUGUCGGCCCCUGUCAAGAGGACUCAGUGGGAUGAAGACCUGACUCACUUUCGUAAGGAUCACAGCUUUUCCAAGAAAGUGCUGCUUAACUGCUGUCUGGUCAGGCGGAUCAUCUCCUGGGCUUCCCCUAACCAAAAAGAUAGUGUCGAGGAUGAGCUGGAGCUGUCUGCUGUGCGCCAUCGACCAGAAGCUUUGGAGCUGCUGGAGGCUCAAACGCGUUUCUCACGCAAAGAGCUUCAAAUCCUCUAUCGGGGCUUUAAGAAUGAAUGCCCUAGUGGUGUGGUCAAUGAAGACACAUUUAAGGAAAUUUACUCUCAGUUUUUUCCACAGGGAGACGCAUCAUCAUAUGCACAUUUUCUAUUCGAUGCAUUUGACACAGAUCAAAAUGGCUCUGUCAGUUUUGAGGAUUUUGUGAUGGGUCUUUCCAUUCUCUUACGAGGCACCAUUCAUGAGAAGCUUAACUGGGCAUUUAACCUGUAUGAUAUUAAUAAAGAUGGAUAUAUUACAAAAGAGGAAAUGUUAGAUAUCAUAAAGUCCAUCUAUGACAUGAUGGGGAAAUGCACAUAUCCCAUGCUUAGAGAGGAAACUCCACGACAGCAUGUGGAGAUAUUUUUCCAGAAAAUGGACAAAAACAGGGAUGGAGUGGUCACUAUAGAUGAAUUUAUAGACUGCUGUCAAAAUGACGAGAACAUCAUGAAAUCAAUGCAGCUUUUUGAGAACGUCAUUUAACAUCUGAAUGGACUCUGUUAGCGGGCCAGCUCACUUAUCCACCUUUAUACUCCACAAACCCAACAUCCUCAAUGAGACACAUCUGAUUACUAGCAGUGCUUUACCCAUAAACCAAAAUGAAUAGCAUUUUUAAUAUCAAAGAAAAAGUAUUUUUACAUUUUUUUUCACUUAUACUUUUAGUUAAUGUAGACAAAUAGUCUGUUUAUCAUCUUUUUUGUUCUCUGAUGUUUUGAAAAAAGUUUUGAAACUAGAAACCAUUGUACAUAUUAAAGUAACAUUUCAUACAUUGGCCCAUUUAUAUUAUAUACAAACAGAAUACAUUUCUGUGUACAUUUUUCACAAAUCCAAUUUUAAAUUGCAACAAUUGACAAGGAAUAUUUGAGAUACAGUUUACUUAACUCAGUAGCUAAAGGAAUAGUUCACCCAAAAGUGAAUAUCUAUCAUCCAAUAGUUUUUUUUUUCUUAAUGAGAACAGAUUUGGAAAAAAAUGUGCAUUACAUCACUUGCUCACCAAUGGAUCCUCUGCAGUAGUGUUAAUUUUGUCAGCCAUUUCUAAUUUAGUCUUAGUCUUAGUCCUUGUGUCAAAUGUCCUUUAUAGUUAUUAUCCUAUUUAGUUAGCCUUGUCCUGUUUUUGUUUAGUCAAGUUU